AUGGCCGACAUCCUAACCCAACUCCAGACCUGUCUAGACCAGCUAGCAACUCAAUUCUACGCAACCCUCUGCUACCUAACAACAUACCACGACAACGCACCCGCAACACCACCAGACGUCCCAGACACUGCCCCAGCUCUCGCGAAGAUCUCCAAAACUUCCUCCGCGCCUCCCGUUCCCGCCUCGGCACCCUUAUCAGCUCAGCAGCAAGCCCUUGGUACGGGACAGUCGCAGAAACAGCAACAGCAACAACAACAAGAAGAGCGAAAAGACGGACAGCGACAGCAACAAGACACAGGUACCGGCGCAGGUGCAAGCGCAGGGGCAGUAUCAGACCCAAACGUCCCGCCCGAGCCAGACUCGCCGCAGACCUUUGCGCGGAGACAGCGUGAACUGGCGCGUGACCUGAUCAUCAAGGAACAGCAGAUUGAGUAUCUGAUUUCUGUGCUUCCGGGGAUUGGGUCAUCAGAGGCGGAGCAAGAGAACCGGAUUCGUGAGUUGGGGAAAGAGUUGAGGAGGGUCGAGGGGGAGAAGGAGGAAAAGGCGAGGGAAUUGAGGGUUCUGAGGAGGAGGUUAGAGAGGAUGUUGGAGGCUGUUCAGGUUGGGAUUUAUGGUGAUCGUGGGAGGUUCACAGGAAAUGAAAAAUAA